AGGAAGUAGAAGGGAGAAAAGGAGAAAGCGUCAAGAUCGAGUCUAAUCUAGGGUUUCUUUCAGAUUUAUCCUUCUUCUCGAAUCUCUCCGUGUGCUCAAGUUGAGUCUUACGGAGGAAAAGAAGAUAUUCCUGAAGCUCGGUGUUGAUUGAUUGUUUCAGUCGAGGAAGGGUUUGGGUGGUGGAGAAUUGGAGAACAGUGAUAGGUAGAGGGCGGCUACCUGGAAGGAUUGGUCGAGUGUUUGUUUGUUUGGAUUGGACGGAAAAUUCAAAUGCCGGACGAGGACUUGGUUGAGCUUAAAUUCCGAUUAUAUGAUGGAUCAGAUAUUGGCCCAUUCCGGUAUUCCCCUGCAGCCACUGUGGCCAUGCUCAAGGAGAGGAUUGUCUCUGAGUGGCCAAAAGACAAAAAAAUUGCUCCCAAGUCAGCCAAUGACAUCAAGUUGAUUAGUGCUGGAAAAAUUUUGGAAAACAACAAGACUGUCGGGCAGUGUAGAGUACCUUUUGGCGAGCUUCCAAGAGGGGUUAUUACCAUGCACGUCGUCGUGCAGCCAUCUGUAACAAAGGCUAAAACAGAAAAGAAGGUUGAUGAGGCCCCUAAGAAAACUGUAUGUUCCUGCACCAUAUUGUGAGAGGGAUCGAGUCCCUGAUCCGAGCUUAGGGCACUUGGAUUCUUCUCUCCUGGGGUCUCUGUACACAAAAAGGGUAAGCUUGGAUGGGCAGAAAAUAAUUUGUAAAACAGUUUGCCAUUCAUGGUGGUUGCAUGUUUGUGGGAGGAGGGCAUUUGUGUAACAUCAGCCCAUGUUGGUGAUCUAUUCUCUUCAGUUUUAAUAUAUAAAGAAAAGAAGUGUUUGAUGUAUUUGUCACCUGGCUCUGUUCUCUCCUUCCAUUUCUUUUUUUUUUUUUUCUUUAUAUAUAAUUCUGUUACAUAUAUAUAGGAGGAAGUUUACAGUGAGUAGGAGUUUUAUUGUCUUUGCCUGCCUUUACCCAAAA